AGAUUGGCCUGUGCAGGGGUAUAUAAGCCCCCCGGGAUGGAGGUAUAACGCGGCUUCACACAAUCUUGUCUUUCUUGAUCAACCGAACCUCCACUCAUACCGUCUCAAGAUGGCACCAAAGAAGGCCAAGAGGAGGCAGGCAGCAGGAGACAGCGGCUCCUCCAAUGUGUUCUCCAUGUUUGAGCAGAGCCAGAUUCAGGAGUACAAGGAGGCUUUCACAAUCAUUGACCAGAACAGAGAUGGUAUCAUCAGCAAAGACGACCUUAGGGACGUUCUGGCCUCAAUGGGCCAGCUGAACGUGAAGAAUGAGGAGCUGGAAGCCAUGAUCAAGGAGGCCAGCGGCCCCAUCAACUUCACCGUCUUCCUCACCAUGUUCGGCGAGAAGCUGAAGGGUGCUGACCCCGAGGACGUUAUCCUCAGCGCCUUCAAGGUCCUGGACCCCGAGGGUACUGGAACCAUCAAGAAGCAAUUCCUGGAGGAGCUCCUGACCACUCAGUGCGACAGGUUCUCCAAGGAUGAGAUUAAGAACAUGUGGGCCGCCUUCCCCCCAGAUGUUGCUGGCAACGUAGACUACAAGAACAUCUGCUAUGUCAUCACACACGGAGAGGAGAAGGAGGAGUAAAGAGAACACCAGAAGACAAGAAAGACAGCAAUCCCUUUGCUUUUCUGCCUUCCCUGUCCUUUUCUCUCCUCCUCUUCCUCCCUGCUAACCCUCUGUGUUAAACCCAUGUGCUCAGCCGCCCAUGUUCUAACCAAAGACUUGUCACAAGGACACGUGGGUGGGUGACACAUGGUGGUGUCUAUGUGUGCUUAUGGGGAAUAGGGAUGAUUUUCAAUAAAAUAAUCUUGUAAAAAAUCAUUUCCAUCCACAAGACUUUCUCAAAACACCUUUCCUUUCCUUGCAAACAGUCUGCUGCCCCCUCACCUCUUUGUCUGUGUCUCCUCACACUUCAGCCUCUGAGGUGUUUUGUAUGAAUGAGACCACCUCUCGGUAUCUGAGAGGGAGGGCUUUUAGAACUGCCGAGUGGUACACAAAUAACAAAGGACUUCAUUCCAAAUUUUGAAGAUGUCCUGUUGGGUAGACGAGGUGAGAGGAGGGAGAGUGUUGGCAGGUCGAGAGGACAAAGAAGUUGCCUCCUUAAAGUGACGGCAACUUUUGAAUUUUCUUUUUCUCUUAAAAGCAAAUGAAGGAGAGGAGAAAAAGGGGCGAAAGAAAACAUUCAAGUCUUCGAUUUCUUUCUCUCCACUCCUUCCUGCGAAUGAACAAAUCACCUUCUGUUUCCAUAAGCUGUCUCAACCUCAGUGGCUGGACUCUUCCUCACCUUUCCUCUGUACUGAAUAAAGGGAAAAACUGUGAAUAAAA